AUGGCAUCGAUGUCAUUCCCUAGCAACAACCAUGGCAUCCAGGUCGGAGAUCUCCAUCGACUGAGCAACGCGGAUUUCCACCUACCUCCAGAGCGACCGGGAAUCCCACCCAGCCCGUUAUCGACAGUCCCGUUCAAUCGAGAUCCUGACUUUGUGAGCCGCGACAUACUGCUUCAUCGGAUUCACGAGAAAAGCUUGGUCCCUGGGUGUAGGAUAGCUCUUGUCGGCCUUGGCGGUAUUGGGAAAUCGCAACUCGCCAUAGAAUAUUCCUACCGGGUCCGAUCUGAAUCGCCUGAAACAUGGAUUUUCUGGGUCCAUGCGAGUAAUGAAGCCCGAUUUGAGCAAAGUUUCCGGGACAUUGCCGAUAAUAUCAAAAUCUCAGGUCGUCGAGAUCCUAAAGUGAACAUAUUCAAACUGGUCGAAAAUUGGCUUCGGGAUGAGAAGAUCGGGAAAUGGGUCUGUAUCCUUGAUAAUAUCGAUGACGAUCAACUUCUUUCCUCGUCGCCGACGACAAGCAAGGGAGAUGCAAUGGGAGAUCUAAUUAACGCCUCGACCAAACCACUAUUGGAAUAUAUUCCUAGAAGCUUAAAUGGUUUUACUAUUAUCACAAGUCGGACCAGAGAGGUUGCAUUAAAGAUAGUCGAUCACAAGGACCUUAUUGAAGUUAAUCCGAUGGAGAGGUCCGAGGCGCAAGAGCUUCUCCAAAGAAAGCUUGAACAACCAGGGGAAAGCCGGGAGAGUCGACAAUUAGUGGAAGAGCUCGAGUGCAUGCCUCUUGCGAUCGUACAAGCCGCUAGCCAUAUCAAAAUUCGGGCCCCUCGCUAUUCGGUAUCACAAUAUCUAAAAGACUUCCGAAGGAGUGAUCGCAAAGCGAUGAAUCUUCUUAAGAAAGAGGCAGGUCAUCUCUACCGGGACUGGGAAGCAAAAAAUUCCAUUCUAGUAACCUGGCAAAUGUCUUUCGAUUAUAUUCGCCACAAAAAGCCAUCUGCGGCUGGAUUACUUUCUCUAAUGAGUUUUUUCGAUCGACAAGGGAUACCCGAGAAGCUGAUUCGGCAUCAACCCUGUGAUUCAGAGCUCCCUGACGACCCCAGUGCCGGCGAGACAUCUGAAUAUGAUGUGGACCCUGAAUUUGAGGAUAGUAUCACAACAUUGAGAGAUUAUUCAUUCAUAUCUAUCAGCGAGAAUAGCACUUCAUUCACGAUGAAUAAGCUAGUGCAAUUGACUACGCGCGCGUGGUUAAGAUCUCAUGGAGAGAUAGACCAAUGGAGGGAGAAGUUCAUCAGCAAUUUAUACCGAGAAUUUCCUACUGGUCAAUAUAAAAAUUGGGGGAAAUGCCGAUCACUCUUUCCUCACGUUCGAUCAGCGAUGUCUCAACGACCAGAAUCAGUAGAGUCUCUAUUAAAAUGGGCCACUCUACUUUAUAGAGGUGCAUGGUAUGCGUCGGAAAGCGGUAACAUUACGGAUGCGAAAGAGAUGGCAUCAAAAUCAAGACUGGAGAGAAUGAAAAUACUUGGUCUCGAGGAUAAAGAAGCUCUUACAAGUACUGAUAUGCUAGCCAAAGCAUAUUCGCUUGAGGGCUGGUGGAGGGAGGCCGAGCAGCUCAACGUGCAGGUUUGGGUGACUCGUAAGACGAAGCUCAGCGCGGACCAUCCUGAUACGCUGAUGAGUAUGGCUAAUCUGGCAUCCACGUACCGGAAUCAAGGCCGGUGGGAAGAGGCCGAGCGGCUUGAGGUGCAGGUGAUGGAGACUUAUAAGAUGAAGCUUGGCGAGGACCAUCCUGACACGCUGACGAGCAUGAAUAACCUCGCGUCGACAUAUUUAAAACAGGGUCGGUGGGAGGAGGCCGAGCAGCUCGAGAUACAGGCCGAGCAGAUCGAGGUACAGGUGAUGGAGACUUAUAAGAUGAAGCUUGGCGAGGACCAUCCUGACACGCUGACGAGCAUGAACAACCUCGCGUCGACAUAUUUGAAACAGGGUCGGUGGGAGGAGGCCGAGCAGCUUAACAUGCAGGUUUUGGAGACUCGCAAGACGAAGCUCGGCGCAGACCAUCCUGACACGCUGACGAGUAUGGCCAACCUAGCGUCGACAUACCGGAAUCAGGGGCGGUGGGAAGAGGCCGAGCAGCUUAACAUGCAGGUUUUGGAGACUCGCAAGACGAAGCUCGGCGCAGACCAUCCUGACACGCUAAUGAGUAUAGCUAAUCUGGCGUCGACGUACCGGAACCAAAGCCGGUUAAAAGAGGCCGAGCAGCUCGAGGUGCAGGUUUUGGAGACUUAUAAGACGAAGCUCGGCGUAGACCAUCCUGACACGCUGAUGGGUAUGGCUACUCUGGCGUCGACGUACCGGAACCAAGGCCGGUUGGAAGAGGCCGAGCAGCUCGAGGUGCAGGUUUUAGAGACUCAUAAGACGAAGCUCGGCGCAGACCAUCCUGACACGCUGAUGAUUAUGACCAACCUGGCAUCGACGUACCGGAAUCAGGGCCGGUUGGAAGAGGCCGGACAGCUUGAUGUGCAGGUGAUGAAAACUCGCAGGCAGAUGCCAGGGCCUGGGCAUCUCAACACUAUGGACGUCUCCUUGGAAACUGCCGAACAUGAUAGAUAUGUGAAUCUUGGGGAUUCCGAUUCAUCUAUUGAGAACGAGUCAGUGUUUUCUGUUCCUGUCUCUAUACCUAGCACCAGAUCUUUGGACUCUGGAAGAGGAGAAAUGGAUUCGUUGUUGAUUCAGGAGUUUGCAAACUUGCUGAAUGAAGAUGGAGUUAUGCUUUCGCUACUUUUGAUCGGCGUAUCAAAAGAAUCGAUCGGAUUUGAGCGGAUGCGCAACAAUUUUCGGAGACUGCUGAAACACUUUGCGAAUAACCUCAAGGCAGAUAUCCUCAGCGAAUCGCACCGAGACCUAAGGAGAUUUAUAAGCUCAUAUUCAGUCAUGAUCACCUGCGAGUUCUUUGCCAUGGCACCUAUUGACAAGCAACGAAAGAUCAAACCUACCGUUCUAGAGGCAGAACAUGGAAUGCCAUCCGUGGAAAAACGCCUAGCUCACCAGAGAAAAAUGGAAUCCUAUCUUCAAAGUCUACACAGUGGUGGCACUGCUCCUCAGAUAAGCCAAGGAAUUGAAGUACUCGAUCCUGACAGUGAGGAAAGUGACCAAGAGUCCGUGGCAGAGGAAGCUGGCGAGGAUGAGCCGUAUGAGGGAUCUUUGCAAAACUUGGAUCAAAUGAAGCACUUCAUUCUGGAAAGCUCUGCCUAUCAAAUCCUUCGUCGUCGGCUCAAGGAGUUUAUUCAACCCUCGCUGAACUGCCGGUUUCGGGAUCUAGUGACAAGGUGGUCAAAUCCAGGACAUAAGAACCAUGGCGAUGCUGCUCGGUAUAAACUGCGGAACCUUGUCACAGAUUUACAGGACGUGAGUCCCUUCGAGAUUCGAUUUGAACGUGACGAGAUAGGUUCUCGAUUUGUCAUAUUCAUCAGCCACUAUCAGCAUCUAAUUGAGCACUGGACUGGAGAGCCUUGGGAUUGGUGGCCGUUACCUCGCUUUCCGAGACCACUGGCAGAAUCAGAGACACGGUUACGGUGGAUGUGUGUAUGUGGCGAAGAGCGAUGGGCAGAGGUACCAAACACCCUUGCAAAGCGCCUCCAGUCGAUAAUCAGAAGUCUUCCCGUGGCUACGUCGGCAACCCAAAUUACGCAGCCUCCUCCAGAGGCACAUACUAGAUCUAACCCGAGCCCUUGCAGCGUCCAAAACAACAGUCUAAUUUCUGACCAGAGUUCCUAUGAAGAUCAUGGAGUUGAACAGCCGAACGGUUCACCCUCUAAUUUUUCGCUUCAUCGUCGACCCUCGGGAAUCAAGGCCAAUAUCGCCGACAUGAGCAUCACUCGACACUGCGUCCUCUUUCUCGCAAAAAAGGGUGGAGAUUAUAGACUCGCACAAAUCUGCGUUAGCAAUAUGAACUGUUAUACCUUCUUCAGCACCAUGAAUAAGGAGUAUUUUCGCCUGAGAGGUGUCCUGCGAGGCUGGUUCAGCGUUUGGAGAUACUCUCAUUGCGAAUUUUACAAAUUCGAGAAGUUCGAUGACCAUGAGUUUACGCUCAGAAUCAAAGAUUCAUUCCCUGACCAUGCGAACAUUGAUUACGAGUAUCAACCAAGACCGAUGGAUAACAUUCCGCCAAUCUCAGAACACGAAUUCAUGAAAAGUUUCUACGCUUGUCACAAACCACGACCACUACUUCACCUGCACCAUGAAUGUAGAAAACUCGGGGCACAUUCCUCUGACAUCCUGAAGUUCCUCCCAAAGAAAAGAACCGAACUAGAAGAGGCAGGCAACAAGCGAGAAUAUUUCUGGGGGAUCUAUGCGCGCGAAAACAUCAGCUUACGUUGGGUCAUUCUCUACAAUCUUAAGAGCCCUGGUAUGAAUAAAGGCGCCCUUACCUAA